CAUGCCUGGUCGAACCCCCUCUUUUUUUCCUUCCUUCUCUGGCAAAUCACCAAAAAGUGCAUUAGAUCAUCACUCCCGCUGAUUUCAUCGUGACCUCAGUCCUCCCGUUUCCACCGGACAAAAGAGCUCCACCGACCGGUCCAUUACUACUUUUUACUCCCUUCAAUUCCACUUCAACUACCAUUAUCAUUCAAUAUGGGUGUCACUGAGAAGCUCAGCCGCAAGGCCGGUGUCAUCGUCGGCGACGACGUCCUCCGUCUCUUCGAGUACGCCCAGGAGAAGCAGUUUGCUAUCCCCGCCAUUAACGUCACCUCCUCCUCCACCGUCGUCGCUUCCCUCGAGGCUGCUCGCGACCAAAAGUCCCCCAUCUGCCUGCAGGUCUCCCAGGGUGGUGCUGCUUACUUCGCCGGUAAGGGCGUGAGCAAUGACGGCCAGGCCGCCUCCAUUGCCGGUGCCAUCGCCGCUGCUCACUACAUCCGUGCCAUUGCUCCCACUUACGGCAUUCCCGUCGUUCUCCACACCGACCACUGCGCCAAGAAGCUUCUCCCCUGGCUCGACGGCAUGUUGGAUGAGGAUGAGCGCUACUUCAAGCUCCACGGCGAGCCCCUCUUCUCCAGCCACAUGAUCGAUCUGUCCGAGGAGCCCGUCGAAUGGAACAUUUCCACCACCGCUGCCUACCUCAAGCGUGCUGCCCCCAUGAAGCAGUGGCUCGAGAUGGAGAUCGGUAUCACCGGUGGUGAGGAGGAUGGUGUCAACAACGAGGAUGUCGACAACAACUCCCUGUACACCCAGCCCGAGGACAUCCUCGCCAUCCAGCAGGCCCUCGCUCCCAUCUCCCCCUACUUCUCCAUUGCCGCUGGCUUCGGUAACGUCCACGGUGUCUACAAGCCCGGCAACGUCCGCCUGCACCCCGAGCUCCUCUCCAAGCACCAGGCCUACGUCAAGGAGCAGCUCAAGUCCGAGAAGGACAAGCCCGUCUUCUUCGUCUUCCACGGUGGUUCCGGCUCCUCCAAGGAGGAGUACAAGGAGGCCAUCAGCUACGGUGUCGUCAAGGUCAACGUCGACACUGACAUGCAGUACGCCUACCUCUCCGGUGUCCGUGACUACGUCCUGAACAAGAAGGACUACCUCAUGAGCACCGUCGGUAACCCCGAUGGCGAGGACAAGCCCAACAAGAAGUACUUCGACCCCCGUGUCUGGGUCCGUGAGGGUGAGAAGACCAUGAGCAAGCGUACCCAGGUUGCUCUUGAGGACUUCAACACCUCCAACCAGCUUUAAAUGGUGGGAAGCUGGUCCUCCUCUUAGCUUGAUUUCCAUCCUGUUCAUACCACCCCCUCCACCCACACUUAUACUGACGCCGUCCUUUCAAAUUGGAAGGCGGCGAUGACUUAUUACCCAAAUUUUUGAAUCAUUCCAUGCUGCCGAAAAGUUGA